GCCUCUCCCGCGCUGCACCCGCGCUUCGCCUCAGCCACCGCCCAGCGGAGACCGCGGGGAGGGGGUGCCGGCUCUCACGGUCCGCCGCCGCCGCUCUGCCUAAUGAGCUGCACCAGAAUGAUCCAGGUUUUAGAUCCACGGCCAUUGACAGGUUCAGUCAUGCCAGUGGACGUGGCCAUGAGGCUUUGCUUGGCUCAUUCCCCACCUCUGAAGAGUUUCCUGGGCCCUUAUGAUGACUUCCACCGAAGAAAUUUUGUGAACAAAUUAAAGCCUCUGAAGCCGUGCCUCAAUAUAAAACAGGAAGCCAAGUCACAGAACAACUGGAAGCGUUCACACAACGAAGCCAAGAAGCGGGUUGUGUUCGCUGACUCCAAGGGCCUCUCUCUCACUGCCAUCCAUGUCUUCUCAGACCUCCCAGAAGAACCGUCGUGGGAUCUCCAGUUUGACCUCUUGGACCUUAAUGAUAUCUCCUCCAGCUUAAAACUCCAUGAGGAGAAAAACUUGAUUUUAGAUUUCCCUCAGCCUUCAACUGAUUACUUAAGUUUUCGCAGCCACUUUCAGAAGAACUUUGUUUGUCUGGAGAACUGCUCUUUACAAGAGCGAACAGUGACGGGGACUGUGAAAGUGAAAAAUGUGAGCUUUGAGAAGAAGGUUCAAAUCCGAAUCACUUCUGAUACUUGGAAAAGCUACACUGAUGUAGACUGUGUCUACAUGAAGAAUGUGUAUGGUGGCUCAGAUAGUGACACCUUCUCAUUUGCCUUUGACUUACCCUCUGUCAUUCCAACUGAGGAGAAAAUUGAGUUCUGCAUUUCUUACCAUGCUAGUGGGCAGGUCUUCUGGGACAACAAUGAGGGUCAGAAUUAUAGAAUUGUCCAUGCACAGUGGAAACCUGAUGGAGUGCAGACACAGAUGGCAUCCCAGGACUGUGCAUUCCACCGGUUGCCCCCCAAAACAGAGUUAGAGUCAACAAUCUUUGGCAGUCCGAGGCUGGCCAGUGGGCUUUUCCCAGAAUGGCAGAGCUGGGGGAGAAUGGAGAACUUGGCCCCUUACCGGUGAUUAAGCAACCUAGUGGCUGGUCUUGAUCUAUCUAUCAUAUUGGCCAUGCAAUUCUAGGUCUAUAUUGCUCAAUAUUAGGAAGUCUUUGCUACUUUCCUCCAGUAGGUUUAGGUUUGAGCUUUGGAGACAUGGCUACAAAAAUGAUAGCUACUUGAGAAUUUAGUGUUGGGGUCUAUACAAUCAUGCCCAGUUUUGCUUUGGAGAAUCAAGUAACAGCCUGGAACCCUAUUUUUAGAAAAGUAACUUUUCUCAGUGCCCUUUUUCCUUCUGUCUCAAUUCACUAGCUUUCACAUCGGGCAAGGAGGGUUCGAGAAAGGACAGUGGAUGGUGAAGGAAAGCUGUGUUAGUGGUUUGAGGAAUGUCUGGAAAGUGCACAGUAAGAGCUCCACAGCUCAGGUCAGAGUUGGAGUGGGAGGUCUGCUACUUAGCUCCUGGUGAGAAAAUGUAAGGUUGUUUUGCACUUUUAAGUUGGUUUUACAAGUUUUCUCCUGGGGAAAUAAUUUGCAGAGGGGGAAGAAAGAUCCAUUCUAUAUAUUCAUGUGGAGAAAAGCCAAACAAACUUUAGGGAUGUGGAGUGGUUUUGGGGAAACAACUCUGAGAGAAUCAAGAUUUGAAGUGAAGCCUUUCUGUUCAAAUGUCAUGUAUUUGGGCAAAGUUUAAGCAAAUCUGGAUUUGGAUUCUUCAUAAUAGCCUUAUUUGUGAUCCAGGCAUCAUGUGUGGAUUCUCAGUCUAGAAUGCUGCCUAACCAAAAAACCAUGCCAUCAUCAGUGGUUAACAACUUGUAGGGGUCCUAAGUUAUGUCAAAGAUAGCUUUUAACAAGUACCUUGAUUAAACCAGAAUAUUGUAGUUGCUCAACCCAAAUAUCUGAAGGGUCAUCUGAAAAUUCAUGAGUGUCUGACCUCAUAAGCAGGUCCACUCUGCAUACUGGCAUUCCUCCUGCAGUACUGUUGUAUCUUCGAGAGUGUUGUCAGUGUACACAAUCUGCAUCCUUCAUAUUGAAGGUGACUCAUUUUUCUGCCACACUUUUUCGAUGUGAUGUUGAAAGUAAGGACUGACACUGAUUCUCAAUUUUGGAAUCCAGUACCUUGUACGUGAAAGUAGCAGUGUAUUUCUUGCCUAUAUUUGCUUGGUUUGAAGUCUUCCUAUUAAGUCUUCAAUUUCUUUGAAGUUAAAAUAUUUUUUAAUAGGUGUGAAUUGUUUUGGAUGUGCUGUAAUAUACUUGUUUUGCAGUGUGCACAAAUCCAUCUGUAAGAGCUUAAGGACAGGAGUGCCUGCAUGCUUGCUUCUGUCAUUGUGCAUGUCCACUGAGAGGUGUUCAGAGAAUGCAGUUAAUUUUAACACGUGUGAUCUGCCGUGCUGGAAAAGUACUAUUGGAAUAACUCUUCUGUUACUGUAUUUGAGGUUUGGCCAGCACCCACAUUUUUCUACUCUAGAUAUUUCACUGUUCUGUAGGUAUCCUUUAUGAACUUCUCGUUUUAAGAAUAAAAGUGUUGGAUAUGA